CUACAUAAUGAAUUCUGAUGUAUCAAUAGGGACCAUUUUUUCAGUGACAAUUUUUUCUCUCUCAAAUUCUAUAUAUAUAUUUUUUCUACCCUUUUAUACAUCCCAAAUAAACCAACCCUGUUCAAGAGUUCUUGUUUCUCAAAGAUGGCCACAGAAGAAGAAAUUUCAACUCUGAAACUGAUGCGCCAAUAUCUCUUGGGAGAUAUUUCAGACCCGUUUCUCACCAACCUCAUCCCUGUAAAAGUUGAAGACUCCUCAUCAGAACUUGAUUUGGAUUCAAAGUUUUCAGAACAGAGCAGCUUCUGCAGGUUUCUAGAAUGCUUUGAUUUUGAAGCAGACAAAGAACUGUCAAAUCUCACUUCUAAUCAUAAUAUCCAAAACCCCUUUGCUACAAGUCCACUCCAGAAUUCUGAUUUGGAAGAUCCAAUUGUGCCAGUGAAAAAGGAAGUAACAUGUUGUUAUGAGGCAAGGCGUUACAGAGGAGUGAGGAGAAGACCAUGGGGGAAGUUUGCUGCAGAAAUCCGUGACCCCAAAAGGAAAGGUAGCAGGGUGUGGCUAGGCACGUAUGACAGUGAAAUUGAUGCUGCUAAGGCUUAUGAUUGUGCUGCCUUCAGAAUGAGGGGUCAGAAGGCUGUGUUGAAUUUCCCCUUGGAGGCUGGAAAGUCUCAUCCACAACCCAACACUUCUGGCAGGAAGAGAAGAAGAGACUACUCUGCAACUGUCACAACUUCAACUCAUAUUUUGAACAAAAUUAUAAACUACAUCACCCGAUGUGAUGUUAAAUGAUAAUCCAUAAAGCAUGAUGGAGAUGUGUCAAUGAGCAAGGACAAGGAUUUAUUUGAAGAACUUGAAGAACCUAUGACAAGGGCUAGAGUAAGGAAAGUAAGGGAAGCUCUUCAACAUGUGUUGUCCAUAUUAUUUGAAUACAAGUCCAAAUUUCAAGGAGAAAAGACCAAGGUUGUGAAUUGCAUCAUAGUCCAAAUGGAGAAGGACUAACACGCCACUUUGCUGCAGUUUUUUUAAGUUAUUAGUUUGUGUAAAUAAUGGUCUAAUCCUUUAUAAUAUUGGCUAACCAAAUUAUGUUUUUGGUUAAUCAAUUAAUGGGCUUUAAUUUGGUUUUAUUUCAAAUUGUGAUAAAGGCCUAAUGGACAACUUAGUCAUUAGCUCUUGAAAGACUAAGAGUAUGCAUACUUGAAUGUUUUUGGUGACU